AAUCUAAACCAGUUUCCAGGCCACUGGAAGGGUUCCACCAUGGGGAACUUCGACACGGACCAGAAGGCAUCCUACGAAGAUGCCUCUGGGGAGCACGGGGAGGCCGUCAGCACGAUUUCCAGCAGCAUGAACCCACUGCAGCUACCGGACACCUCCUCGGAGGAGCCUUUUACCACCUACUUUGACAGCAAGAUCCCGAUUCCCGAAGAUGAAACGCACUCGUGCUUUAGUUUCCGCAAGCUCUGGGCUUUCACGGGGCCGGGCUUUCUGAUGAGCAUUGCCUACCUGGAUCCAGGCAACAUCGAGUCGGAUUUACAAUCCGGGGCUGUCGCAGGAUUUAAGCUGCUCUGGGUCCUGAUGCUGGCGACGACCAUCGGGCUGCUCCUGCAGCGGCUGGCCGCGAGGCUGGGGGUGGUGACGGGGCUGCACCUCGCCGAAGUGUGCAACCGGCAGUACCAGAAGGUUCCUCGGAUUAUCCUGUGGCUGAUGGUCGAACUCGCUAUCAUUGGAUCCGAUAUGCAAGAAGUCAUUGGCUCGGCGAUUGCUAUUAACCUCCUGUCUGUGGGGAAGAUCCCGCUGUGGGGUGGUGUGAUCAUCACCAUUGCUGACACGUUCGUGUUUCUCUUUCUCGACAAAUAUGGCUUGCGAAAACUGGAAGCGUUCUUUGGUUUUCUGAUUACCAUCAUGGCUCUAACGUUCGGAUACGAGUAUAUCACAGUAAAACCCAACCAGGAGAAGCUGCUAAAAGGGCUGUUCAUCCCGUACUGCCAGAACUGCGGCACAUCCCAGCUGGAGCAAGCCGUGGGAAUCGUGGGUGCUGUUAUCAUGCCGCACAACAUGUACCUGCACUCUGCCUUGGUCAAGUCCCGGCAAGUGAACCGUGCAAACAAGAGGGAAGUACAAGAAGCUAAUAAGUAUUUCUUCAUCGAGUCCUGCAUCGCUCUCUUUGUCUCCUUCAUCAUUAACAUCUUUGUUGUGACUGUCUUCGCUGAGGCUUUCUUUGAAAAGACGAACGCGGAUGUGAACAACGUCUGCACGAACGCCAGCAGCCCGCACUCCUCGCUCUUCCCAAACAACAACCAGACGCUGGAAGUGGAUAUCUACAAAGGGGGCGUCGUCCUGGGGUGUUACUUCGGCCCUGCUGCUCUCUAUAUCUGGGCAAUCGGGAUCCUCGCUGCCGGCCAGAGCUCAACAAUGACGGGGACGUACUCUGGGCAGUUCGUCAUGGAGGGCUUCCUGAACCUGCGGUGGUCCCGUUUUGCCCGAGUGCUGCUGACCCGCUCCAUCGCCAUCACCCCCACCCUCUUCGUCGCCAUCUUUCAGGACGUCGAACACCUGACUGGCAUGAACGACUUCUUAAAUGUUCUUAUGAGCCUCCAGCUUCCCUUCGCUUUGAUCCCUGUCCUGACAUUCACCAGCCUGCCCAGUGUCAUGAAUGAUUUUGCCAACGGAUUGUUCUGGAAGAUCGGUGGUGGCGUGCUGAUCCUCCUGAUCUGCAGCAUUAACAUGUACUUCGUGGUGGCCUACGUCAUGUCCCUGAACCACGUGGCUUUGUACAUCGGGGCUGCGAUUCUCAGCGUGAUCUACCUGUCCUUUGUGGCGUAUUUGAGCUGGCUGUGUCUGAUUGCUCUGGGAGUCUCCUUCCUGGCCUGCGGGAGAACGGUAAGCGUCACCAGGACACUGCUCAUGGAAGAGUCACCUUCUCACUCCGCUAAGUAG